GAACCAGCUACCUUGUUUGUUGGAAGACUUUCAUGGAACAUUGAUGAUGAUUGGUUGAAGAGUGAGUUUGAGCCAUUGGGUGGUGUCAUUGGUGCCAGAGUGAUGUUCGAGAGAGCCACAGGUAAGUCUAGAGGUUACGGUUACGUCGACUUUGAGAACAAGGCUGCUGCUGAGAAGGCUUUGAAGGAAUACCAAGGUCGUGAAAUUGACGGAAGACCAAUCAACUUGGAUAUGUCCACUUCCAAGCCAGCUGGAAACCCAAACAAGAACGCCGACAGAGCAUCCAAGUAUGGUGACACUCCAUCUGAGCCAUCUGACACGUUGUUCAUUGGUAACUUGUCCUUCCAAGCUGACAGAGAUGGAUUGUUCGAGACAUUCGGUCAAUACGGUUCUGUUAUCAGUGCCAGAAUCCCAACACACCCAGAGACCGAACAACCAAAGGGUUUCGGUUACGUCCAAUUCAGUUCUGUUGAUGAGGCCAAGGCUGCUCUUGAGGCAUUGAACGGUGAGUAUAUCGCUGGUAGACCAGUCCGUUUGGACUUCUCUGCUCCAAGAGACCCAUCCAGAAAGUCUUUUGGCGGUGACAGAAAGUCCUUCGGUGGUGACAGAAAGUCCUUUGGCGGUGACAGAAAGUCCUUUGGCGGUGACAGAAGAUCAUUUGGUGGUGACAGACAAUCCUUCGGUGGUAGAAAGGCUUUCGGUACCGGUGCUAAUGCUAGCGCUCCUAAGUCCGCUGAGUUCAAGGGUACUAAGAAGACCUUCGAUUAG